AUGUGUCGAUUAAAUAGCUUUUUGUUUUUUAAAUUAGAUUGGUGUGGAAAAUUAGUGGCAUUCAUCGGAAUGACAAUUUAUGGUAUUUUGAUAUUGCUUACUGGAGCUUUAUUGCUGAAGUUAUUACUGAUGCCAUGUAAUGACAUUGCAGAACAAUUUAAAAUACUUGAUACCUUAUUGCAUACGAGUCCAAAAUCACUUGUUGCCACCAGUUGUAAUAGUUUCAAAUUACUUUCAGUUUUGGGGGUUUUGACGGUUUUUUUAGUAUUUUUUGGAUUCUUCUACAUGCACUACGCAUUGCUUGAAGGAAUCAGAGAACGCCGUUGCAGUCAAAUUGCUCCGAUGAUAAUCAGUAAAUCUUGCGAUGUUAUAGUAGGCUUGCUCUUUUUUUUUGUAUUCAACACGAAACAUAGUUAUUACUAUAUAAGUUUCUUUAAUUUUAUGCAUAUUUGCAUAUUCCUUGUUCUUAUUUUAAUCAAAAUAAAGAUAAAAGAAGAAAAUAUGGCAGUGUCAUACUUUAGAUAUCCCAAGUCUUCAGGCUUAAUUCUAUGCGCAUAA